GCCCUACCUUACCUUAAUUCUCACUUUACCCCAUGCUCAAAACCGAAGAGCCAAUUGACGUCCAAAGGGCACUGUCAAAAGGGAAGAGAAGCGCAUGAGCCGAUGCAAGGGCAGAAGUAUCCAGCUCUGCAUGGCCCUCUUUUUGCUGGUUUUUGUCCCUGCUGUGCCUGGUAUUCGUCAAAUGCUCAAGGUAUCUUUCCCGGCGGAUCCUCCUGUCCACUGCACCUGCACCUGCACAUUGAAGGUAAACAUCGUAUGUACUUUUUCUCCUGUUCCUACCUUACCUGAGGUGGGUGCCUACCUGGUAUGAGAAAUGAGGCAGACGGCAAGGACGUUGGAAGAGGACCAAGAGGGAAAGAGCACCAGUGCACGGAACAAGGGUCCUUCGUUCCUUCCCU